AUGAUUUAUAGAAGAGAGGAUAGUCAUGAUGAACCUAUUCGUCAAUACAAUGGUGGUGGUAGCAGUGGUAGCAAUCAUAGUAACAAUGGAACACCUACCACUGCAACAACUCCAACCAUCGGAAUCAAUGUAAAGGAAUUGGCAAAACAAUCAGAGUUGGGAAAGACGUUGGCAUUGGAUAUGAACCAAUUCGAACAAUCAUUGUUGGACAAGGAAAUUAGAGCAUCUCUAUUCCCAUUGUUUCACAGUGUACUUAGGUCUCCUCCAUCAACUAUGAUUUCUUUAAUACCUCAUAAUCCAAACUCUUGUGUUUUAAGUAUUGGUAAUAAUAACGGCGGUACAACUAAUACUUCUACAACUACUACAUCAUCAUCAACACCAACAACACCAUUAUCAUCAAUUGCAACAAUGACACCUUCACCAUUUACACUUCAAUCUUCACUUUUAAUGAAUGGUAAUAGUAAUCAUACAACAACAACUACUAAAAAAGAAAAUAAUCAUCAUCAUCAUCAUCAUAAUGAUCAACCAACCAAUUCCUCUUCAUCUACUUCAUCUACUUUAUCAUCUUUAUCAAAUCAACAAACAAAAGGAUAUCUUUAUUUAUUUGAUAAGAAUGCAAAAGAUUAUUAUUUAAAUGAUGGGAUUAAAUGGGUAAAGACAAAAUCAAAUGUUCGUAUGAUUGUAAUCACCGACGAUAGAGCGUAUAAAUUAAAAACACACAAGAGGGAUACUGGAGAGCACGUGAUGCGUCGUCAAACCUACAAUGGUAUUUGCAACAACCAGAUUGUUUGGAAAAAGUUUGAAUACAAAUUGGUUCGUAAAGAGGGCAAAGACGGUGGAAACGAAAAACUAUUCAUUCAAGAUUUUCCAAUGUUGGUACAUUAUCUAACUCGUCCAACUGAAGAAAAUGAUAAUGAUCAUCUAACCUCUACUACUACUACUACAAACAAUAUUGUAAAUAAUCAAAAUAAUCAAAAUAAUCAACAUUUAUUAGAAACUUCAACAUUUAAUCAACAUUUACUUCAAACUACAACAACAACAAUUCAACAACCGCCAGAAGAACAAAUUAUUCAUGUAAACAAUGAAAAGAAAAGAGAGUUGUCAUUUUUAUUACCAUCUCUUACAUCAAGUUCAAUAUUGAAUUUAUUCAAGAAAAAGAAAAAGGAUGAUCCCAAUUCAACAUCACCAUCAGUGUCUUUACAAAAUAGUAGUAAUGGUAUUACCAAUAUGGAACUAUUAAAUCAAACAUUGAAUCAACAAAAUUAUAUUUCACAACAAGAUUAUUCUCAUCAUUCAGCUACUGCUGGUUUAUUAUCAUCCCUGACUGGUAAUAAUAGUGGUGGUGGAGGAGGAGUUUCAAAUAGUGAUCUAUCAAGUGAUUUGGAUGAUAAUUAUUUCCUAGAUUUUACUGAUCAUUGGUCAAACAAUGAUUCUACCAUUAUCAAUGUUCAUGGUCAAUUGGAUCAAUCUGCAAUUAAUCAAUUAUUUAAUCAAAGUAGUAGUAAUUCACCAUUACAUAAUAAUAAUAAUAAUAAUAGUAAUAGUAAUAAUAAUAGUAAUUCUACUACUACAACUACGCUUGAUACACCAACAACAUCAUCACAUCUUGGACAUCGUCAUCCAUUUUCAAGUAAUAUUAAUAAUUUAGCUUUGGAUUUUGAAAAUACCACCUCUUCUACUACUACUACAACUACAACUACAACAACAACUAAAAAUGAAUCAUCACCACCACCAUCAUCAUCAUUACAAGCAAACGCAACAUUGGAAUCAAAAAAGAAUGAAUUAUCAUCAAAUGAUUUUAAUUUACUUGGUUCUUCACCCAAUUCAUCAACACCCCCUAUUGGUUCUACCAAUCAAUCUGUUUUAUUACCAAACAACAAUAAUAAUCCAAAUAGUCCAAAUAUAUCAUCAUAUAGUCCAGAUACAUCACCAUCAUUGGAACAAACAAAGAUUAUUUGUUUGGUGAAUGGAUUUACAUGUUUUUCGAAAAAUGCCAAAGUAUCACCAUUGUAUUAUUCGUUUUGGGCAGUAUUUGAAGGUGGCAUUGAAAUUUUAGCUCUUGCUAUUGCCCCUGGUGUAUUGGAAUUUCAUUCACCUAUUUGGGGUGAAGCAGCCAUUACUCAUUUCCAUAUCGUAUGUAAACAAAAUGGCUCCAAAAAUAUAAUAGAACAAACCUCUUCUGUCAUAUUUUCAUUUACACCAAGUGAUCAUCGUGGUAAAUUAAAAAUUGCUUUCGAUCGUUGUAAACUUUCUCAAACACUUCAAAUCAUUCCAAAAUUUCGUCAUUCUGUUAAACAUUUAGAUUUAUCAAAUAAUGCUUUAACGAAUAUUGAUUUUAUUUCAGGAUUUUAUAGAUUAGAAUCAUUAGUAUUAUCAUCAAAUCAAUUAACAGAACAUGCAAUAUUCCCAGUGUUGCCAGAACUUCAAAACUUGGAUCUUUCAAACAAUCUUAUAAACUUUCCAAGAGUUGGAUUGUUUAUCGAUAGAUUGUUACAAUCGAUUCCCUACCUACAAGUACUCAAUCUAUCAGACAAUGAAGAAUAUCCAUGUCCAUUCAAAGCGCCACAUCACCACUACAACUAUCGUAUCUAUGUCAUCAGUAGAUUCCCUCAACUCACCAAAUUGGAUCUUCAAGCUGUAUCUGAAGAAGAAAGAAAACAUGCUCAUAUAGUUGAAGAAGAAAUUGAUAAUUCUUAUUAA